AUGGAGUACGAUGGAGAACUGGAUGAAAAGACUGAGACUUUCAGUGUAGAGUUAGAGAGCCUAUUACAAGGUGAUCUAGGCAUUAACAUGGUGUUUAUCCUGCCAAAAAAGUUCAGGGCAGCAGAAGGACAAGAAAGCAAUUUGGAAGGAGAUGUACUUUCCCAGGAAAGUUUUGAGUGCAGGUUGGCAGAAGUAGAGGAUGCACCAGAACAAUAA